AUGAACAAUGAAUUUGUUAAAGCUUGCUCAAUUACAUAGAAUAGAGAGGAAUAUAUUUGUAUGAAUGAAUAAUGUUGUACCUCUAAUAGAAAAUAGCUUCAUUGUUAUGAAUGUAUCACGAAAAUUCAUAGAUAAAAUAAUAAUAAUUUAGUUAAUCAUCUUGAUGAUUUUAAAAAAAUUAGUUUUAUAAUGCAAGAGGUAGAUAAAAAAAAAAAAGAAAGAAUUAAUUUUAUUAAUUUAGCGAUAACAUCUCUAAAUGAUGUAAAAAAAGAGAAAUUUUAAAUAAUUGAAAGUUAUUCAAAUAAUCCAAAAGAAUUUUUAGAGUAAGUUAAAUCCUAUGUGGAAAAAGAGAUUGAUUAAUUAAUCCAAAAGUUAUAUGAAUAAGUUAUGGAAAUGAACUAAUUUACAGAAUAUUAAUAAUAGUAUCAUUCAUUAAUUAUUCAGCUUUAUUAAUAGACGACUAAUUUAUAUAUUGAAGAUUUUGUCAAAAAAAAAGAGUUGCUUUAAGUUAAAUUAAAUAAUUACAUAAAAAAAAUGGAUUUGGAUUUACAUCAAUAAAUUUUUAAGUAUAAAAAUUGGUAAUUUAUAGUUAUCUUUAGAAGCAGCAAUUUUUGGAAUAAUAGAUGUCAUAAUUGAUGAAAUAACCGAGUCAUACAAAUUCAUUUUUAUUUAAAUCUACAAUAAUUUUAAUUUUGAUUAUAAUUGGAUUAAAUCCAAUUAUUAUGUUUUAAGAUUCCAAUUAAAAAAAUGAAUUUCAAAUAAAAAUUGAAGAACUUCAUAAUAUGAUUAAAUAAUUUAAAGGAGAAAUAGAGAGCGAAAAUGAAAAUUUUUAUUCAGAAUUUAAUAAAACAUUAUAGGACUAAAUAUAUAAUGUUAAAGAUGAAAUAGAUACAAUAAAUUAAAAGAUAAACCAAACAGAAACACCAUUCAAUUAAUUUAAGAAUUAUUUUAACACAAAAUUAAAAUAAUAUAAUGAAACAAUUUAUAGUUAGAUUAUUUAAAAAACGGAUGUUAAUAAAGAAAAUCUUUUAGCAUUGCAAUAAUAAUUUGUGGAAUAAAAUGAUAAAUUUUCAAUAUAUAAUAAUCAAACUUCAAAUAUACUUAAUUACUAAUAAUUGAAGGAUAUGAAAAUAGAGUAAGAUUUAAAAAUGGUUAACAAAAACAUUACAUUUAUACUGGAAGUAAUAGAAUAGUAGAAAGCAUAAUUACUAGCAAAGAUAAUGAAUAUGCAAUAAAAGCUAUAAAAUAUAAAUAGAGAAUAAAUAAAAGAAAAAUUAUUAGGAAAAAUACAUGUUGAUCUAGAAUUAAAAUGGUUGAAAGAUUUUGUUAUAAUUUAUGACGAAUUUCUUACAAAUCCAUUAAAUAGAAAAAUAGUAAGAUAAAUUUAGAAUAUAACUGAAAAUGAUACAAUAAUAUGUAUUGGCGGAAUGAAAGUAGAUAAUCCUUAGAUAUUAUUAGUAGUAGGAUGUGAUUAUUAAUAAGAAAUAUUUUAAUUUACAAAUAAUUGGUAACAUGCUAGAAAAAGUUAAUAGGGAGAUAUUUAUUGGUAUAUGUUAGAUAAAUUUGCAUUUGGAUUUUCUCCAAAAGAAGAGAUUCUUUUAACUUUAUGUGAUGAUUUGGAUCCAAGUGAUCAGAUGAGGUUUAGUUAUUGGUUUGAAAAUGGAAGAGAUGGAGGGAGAAGAAUUGGGAACUAAACAUAGCUAAUUAAUUCAAUAGAUUAUAAAAUGUAGAUGUAUGCAUUUUGA